UCAACCACAUCGGUGCUCAAGUCGAUGCGUUACUCGACUGAUGGUGUUGUAAUACUGCCCCAACUGAUCGCCAGUUCCAUUCUGCGAGGGAGAACUAGCUUCAUCUCAGAUCAUCCAAGUCGCUGCCCAACAAUAAAAGGUUCGCACGCUGACAUCAUCCCGCCGUUCAGUUUCAAAACUAAACGGCGCCUCCAAAAUCCAACAGGAUUACAUCUGUUAUCCUCCCUUUCUGGUUGAGAACCUUACUUUCACCUUCGCUGGAGACGUCUUACGGACGACAGCACUCUGCGCAAUACAAAGACAGUCACAAUGUUUCGUCCCCUCAGCGCCCGGCUCGUUCGGAUGGGCCGUCCCAUCACUCAGCACGCCCAGACACGCGCCAAGUCCACUCAGACUGCCCAAGCAGGCAUCACGACUACCAGGCCUCAGCACCAACAACAGUCGAGAUCCAUCAGCGGCAGCCCCAAUGUCAGAGAGAAGCCCCAUCCCGGCCAGUACUCAAGAACCGACCCCGACGUUACGGUCGAGUACCCCGAGGACCACGAGCUUCCUUCCAGUAAGCCUGUCCGUGGCCACGGCGGUGGCAUUGGCAAGCCCACACUUGCAUCUUUCUCUCUGGAGGGCAAUGUCGGCGUCGUCACCGGUGGUGCCCGCGGUCUGGGCUUGGUUAUGGGCCAGGGCAUGGUCUACUCUGGCAGCGAUCUCGCCAUUGUCGACCUCAAUAAGGAAGAGGCAGAGCUCCAGGCCAAGAACCUGAUCGAGGCAUUCAAGAGAGAAAACCCCGAAGCAAAAAGAGCCCCCAAGGUCACUGCCCAUCACGCAGACGUCUCAGACCAGGCGUCUGUUGAGGCCUGCCUUGCCGAGGUCCUCGCUGCUCACGGCAAGAUUGACAACCUAGUCACAUCGGCCGGCUUCACCGAGAACUUCGACGCUGUUAACUAUCCGAUCGAUCGCAUGCGCAAGCUCUGGGGCGUCAACGUGGACGGUACCUACCUCUUUGCGAUUGGCGUUGCUAAGCACCUCAUGGAGCGCAAGUCGCCUGGCAGCAUGGUCUUUAUUGGCAGCAUGUCUGGUUCGAUUGUCAACGUCCCUCAGCCGCAGGCACCUUACAAUGCCGCCAAGGCUGGUGUCCGCCACCUGGCUGCUUCCUUGGCUGUCGAAUGGGCCCACGCCGGCAUCCGCGUCAACUGCAUUUCGCCCGGCUACAUGCUCACAGCCUUGACCGAGAAGAUCCUCGAUGACAACCCGGACCUCAAGCAGAAGUGGACAUCCCUAAUUCCCCAGGGCAAGAUGGGUCAGCCUAAGGACUUGAUGGGCCCCGUGACUUUCCUCCUGUCCGACGCUGCCCAGUACGUUACGGGCGCUGACCUUCGAGUCGACGGCGGUUACACUGUUACAUAAGAGAACGAUUACAUACAUGUUGAUGGCCAGAAUGGGGAAGAAAAGGCAUAAAAGGCGAGAGACGUCAUUCGGUGCUGAAAUGAUGGGCGUUUGGUUCCAAGAACAUUGACAUCUAUCCGUUGAUUGUCAAAGGAGUAUUGCAAAUUAAUAUUAUAUUACUCAAAAAGUCUAGUGAUAAUUCCCCGCCCUGG